CAAGUAGUUGAAAGCGAGAUGGCCUUUUAUGCGUGUAAUCUAUUUUUACGCCGACAAGAGUGUCAGUACGGUGCCAAGGAGUAGAUGUUCGCUGCGCGGGACAUUCGAAGCCGGGGAGGAAGCCGAUGUUAGCUGGAAAAUGGCUAAAGGCGAGAAAGAGACCUAUGUUGGAGUGAUAAUAAAGACAGCAAAGAAAGAGGAAAAGCCGCAAAUAGAAAAGUUUACCGAAGAUGUCGGUCUACUCGUGGUGGACAUGAUCAAACGUGGAGAAAACGUUAAAAGCCAAUUACCGGAGCUAUUGAAAAACAAUCUCCCGGCUCCAGCACCAACGGCCGCAUCUGCUCCUGGUAAGAGGGCGCGGAAAAUGACGAAGGUGAUGGAGGACGGUAAAAAGCAGGCUGAGGAUGAUGGCGAAACCAAAGAUAAAAAACGAAAAAAAACCCAUAUUGAUCCGCUCGCAGAGAAGAAAAAAAAAAACAAGAAGAAAAAUGGCGAGAAAAAUAAGGAGCCUUCGCAGAAGCAGGAGUUAGCAGAGGGGGCAAAAGAUGCCUCACUGGAGAUCUACAGCUCCUUCAGGCAGGUGUUCGGUGCUCAACUGGAUCUAACCAGCGAGACCCACCAGCCGCCCGAGACCUCUACUCCCGUGACUCCCAUACAAGAGACGACUCCAAUACACCAGACCUCAAUACGCGAGACUCCAAUAUCUGAGACCGGGGGAGUUGUCUUGAGGGCGGUAGAGGAGACCCUUGGGAUGCCAUUCGAUGAGGAGGAGGAGGAGCCCAGAAGCUAUUUAGAACUGCUAGGCACGAACGACCAUCCAUUGGAGGAGCCAGCAGCAUCCCCAGAUCCCAUUGCACUUUAUUCUGGCUUCUCUGAGUUGGACAAGCUAAGAGAGGAGAAUCGUCUCCUAAAGGCCGAGGUCGAAAGCCUCAGAAGCCAGUUGACCUCCUCUAGGAGACAACCAGGUGAGCUAGAAAACAUAAAAAAUGACUUUGCAAUACUGUACAGUGGUUUUAUUAUUUUCCACCGAGCGCCGGCUACUUUAAAAAAAAGUUUAUUUUAAGCCGCAUUGUAACCAGUUUACUUCC